GGGCGUCAGUGAAAGAGAUUAAAUAUGAAUUCUAUGUAGCUUGUUAUAAGUAAUUCUCUGUUAUAUAUAAAAACAAAAAGUUAGAUUAGGUUCGUCCAUUGUCUGUUAUUUGUAUUUCAAAUAAGAAAUAACUAUCAAGAAUACAAAGAAAAUGGUUAAAGAACGUAUCACUGGUCGUUAUUUAUCACAAAAAGUUGGAGAAGAAGUUAUUUUACUUGGAACCAUAUCUCGUAAAAGUUCAAAUGGAAAAAGUAUUGAACUUUUAACGACAGAUGAUAUAAAAGUUAACGUAACAUUAAAUGAACCACUCAGUGGCAAUGAUGAAGGUUAUAUAGAAGUACAUGGAAUUGCACAAUCGAAAAGCACCAUAUCGUGCAACAAUUAUAUUCUUUUCCCUUCUAAUAUAACACGUACAUUCGAACCAAGUCAAUACAAUGAUCUUUGUUCUGUGCUGCAUUUACUAGGAAAUAAAAAGUGGUCUACAGCUAUGAAUUAUGGGCUUUAAAUAUUAUCAAAGUGUACAAACGAAAAAGAAGAUGCAUCCAAAGAAAAACAUCGACACGUACAAGACGUUACCGGGCAUUCAGAAUGUUGUCUGCAAUAUUUCAGUUAACUUGUAAUAUUAAACAUUAAACAUAAAAAUGUUUUCUUUAUUUUCUCAAUUUAUAUAAUUUCUAAUUAAAAAUAAAUAUUUUUAUAUUACCUAAA